GAAAUUACAAUGAAAAUAGCUGGAGUUUGGAGACUGUCAAGGCCAUCGGAAAGAGAUGCAACGAGCAGAGUGGAGCCUCAUCGAGUAGCAGCGUCUCUUCCCUCUUCCCCGAAUCCUCUUAAAACUCCCUCCCGAACCUCUCCCCUUCUACCCUUGCCACCCUACCCUCCCCCUGAUUACAUUUCAAAGGACGGUGCAGACCUGGUACCUGCAACGAAAUACUUUUUUUCUUGGCAAGUCUAGUCUUCAAACAGUGCAGCAGCAGCUAUGGAUUCUGGUGUGGUUGAAGGAGGACUCAAUGUCACCCUAACCAUUCGACUACUCAUGCAUGGGAAGGAAGUCGGGAGCAUUAUUGGCAAGAAGGGAGAGUCAGUAAAGAAGAUGAGAGAGGAGAGUGGUGCUCGUAUCAACAUCUCAGAGGGGAACUGCCCAGAGAGGAUUAUCACCCUGGCUGGCCCCACCACCGCCAUCUUCAAAGCCUUCUCUAUGAUCAUUGAAAAACUGGAGGAGGACAUUAGCAGUUCAAUGACGAACAGCACGGCCACCAGCAAACCACCUGUUACCCUGCGAAUUGUCGUGCCCGCUAGCCAGUGUGGCUCCCUCAUUGGCAAGGGCGGCUGCAAAAUCAAGGAGAUCAGAGAGUCAACAGGAGCUCAGGUACAGGUAGCAGGGGACAUGCUUCCUAACUCAACGGAGCGUGCCAUUACUAUUGCAGGGACCCCUCAGUCCAUCAUUGAGUGUGUAAAGCAAAUUUGCGUUGUAAUGCUUGAGUCUCCCCCUAAAGGUGUUACCAUCCCUUACAGACCCAAACCCUCAGGAUCUCCCGUCAUAUUUGCAGGUGGUCAGGCAUAUGCUGUCCAAGGACAGCAUGCCAUUCCACAGCCUGACGUAAGUGAAGGUCCCUCUCUAACCAAACUUCACCAGCUGGCCAUGCAGCAGAGCCCCUUCCCCAUAGCCCCCAGUAACCAGGGCUUCCAGGCUGGGAUGGAUGCAUCUGCACAAACUGGUUCUCAUGAGCUGACCAUUCCAAAUGAUUUGAUUGGCUGCAUCAUUGGCCGUCAGGGAGCGAAGAUCAAUGAGAUCCGUCAGAUGUCAGGAGCCCAGAUAAAGAUCGCCAACCCAGUGGAGGGCUCCUCAGACAGGCAGGUCACCAUCACAGGUUCCCCUGCGAGCAUCAGCCUGGCUGAGUACCUGAUCAAUGCCAGGCUGUCUUCUGAAGCCACUGGACUGGCAGCCAACUGAUAUGGAUGACCAUAAUCGGCACCUAACGUAACCCCCCCCCCCCCCUUACUUUUUACCAAGAGGUCCCUCACUGAAGUUAAUGUUAAAAGUCCUCUGAACUUACCUUUUGUUUUUUCCUUUGGUUCUACACCUACUCGGUUGUAAUUACAUCAAUGUAUUGGUAUUUUAUUUAUUUAUUGUUUUAAAAAUCCCCUUUGCAUAUAGUUUUUUAAAGUUUUGUUGUUCUUUUUGGAUGUAUCUAUUGUGAUCUUAAUAUAGCUGAAAAAACGUUUUGGAAAAAUCUGAAAAGGCAUAUUUAAUGUUUUUUAUGUCAGAUUUUUCUUAGAAAAUGAAAAAAUGAAGAAAAAAACUCCAAUAACAUAGAUGGACUGUUCUUUCCCUUCAUUUGAUGAAUAUCUAUAUGUAUUUAUUUUUAUUUAAUACACAGCUCCUUGUGUUAGAAUUCACUAAUAUUUGCCAUUAUCUAUCUAAAGCUGAACUUCCUGGAUGAGGCUGUGUGGGUAAUGGUUAAACGUAGGUGUAAAUUAUGUGCUCUAAAAAUUGUAUUAUGGACGGUGGUGUCAGAAAUGAACUGAUUUCUCCCUCUGAAGUGGGAGGUUGAUGAGUAUUAAACUGCAUUAUGUGUCAUUUAUUUUUAUUUGCUGUAUAGCAGUUUUGUCAUUCCUGUCUUUUCAUCCUUUUAAGUUUCUGUCAAUCAGGACGUGUGAGCUUUGUGUACUGGAUUCUAAUGGGGUGGGUUGGGCAUGGUCACCUGAAGGAGCCUGUGUGAAAGAUGUUUUUCUCCUGAAAUUACUAAAAUAGUAAUGAUGAUGAUAAUAACAUUUGAAAUGUUUGUUUUAAAUAGAGAAAAUAUUUUUUUUAACUGCAGGGACGGGGGGGGGAUGCUGCAAGGGGCUAAACUAAAAAGACCUAUUGGUCUUGAUAUAAGUAUCAUGCUGAGUUAUUUAAUUAAUAUAACUAGAAAGAGUAUAGAAAUAAUACUAGUUUCCUGCUAUCCUUUUUGCCUGGGUCAAAUUGUAUUUUUUAUUAUUCUUUGCAGGAUGAAGAAACUGACAUUUUUGUGCACGUUUUCAAAAUAUUGUAGAUUUGGGUGCAAUUGAAUUGUUGCAGAAAUUAAAUACAGAAAUAAAAAGAUGUGAAAUGUUUAAAAUGA